UCCCCUUUCUCGCAUCCCCACCCUUCGCGCCGAUAUCGUUCAUCAAAAAAGCUUCUGAAUUAUAAAAGUUCACGUCCACGUGCGGUUCCGUUUUUCAUCGACGAAUCGCAAGUUAUGCGCCUUAAUCUUAAGGAAAUCUCAUUAUAAAAUGGUGCAGGCCCCUGAUAUAAGCAUGGGUCACGUAGACCUACCGCAAGCGUUGAAUUUGCUCAGCGAAAUGAACAUAAGUGCACAACAUGUGGCAACACUCGUGGACAACAUGAUUCAGAAGGUGCGAAACGGUGAACUGUCCACAGAUCAGGGAUUGAGCUUUCUCGAAAUGAAGUACAACAUGCUGUUGAGUUAUCUCAUCAAUCUGAUGUACGUGGUUUUGAGGAAAUGCUCCGGGGAACGAAUCGAGUGCGAUCCGUGUAUAGACAGGUUGAUCGAGAUCAGAACUGUGUUGGAGAAAGUGAGACCGAUCGAUCACAAGUUAAAAUAUCAGAUCGAUAAACUGGUCAAAUCGGCAGUCGGAGGGACUAGCGGAGAUGCGACGAGUUUUAAAGCCAAUCCUGACAAUCUCAUGGCUCAAUUGGAUGAUCAAAGUGACAGCGAAGAAGGAGGAGAAGACAGUGAUGAAGACACUCAGGAGAAAUCAUCCAAAUCCAAGUCCGGAGUUUAUGUGCCGCCCAAGAUGUCCGCCGUCCACUACACAGGAGAUGAAACGGCCCUGGAAAGAAACAAGAAGAUGCAGGAGAGAAGCAAAAAACGGGCGUUGUCCUCGAGCAUAAUGCAGGAUCUCCGCGAGGAAUAUUUGGACACGCCACUCGAAAUAACACAAGGAAACAGGGCGCAACAAAUGAUCACGAAACAACAACAAGAACGACAGGAAUACGAAGAGGAGUACAUGACGAGGCUGCCGGUCAGCAAGGCGGAAAAGCACAAACGACGUCAGUUGACCACUCUAGGUUCGUUGGGUGAGGAGGUCACGGACUUUGGAAACCGAACGGCCGGAGGAAAGAGGAAACAGAAGCAGAAAUCAAAAGGGAAGAGUUUCAAGAGGAAACGCUUCCACUGAACAAACUUUUACGAUACGUUCUUUCGGCGGUGUUUCGAACGUGUAAACGUUGAGUUAAUAGUACAAAAAAUACUUUUUCAAAGAUAUCAAAUGUGUUAUUUUUGAAUGACGAAUUACUAUUUAUUGGUCGGGCUGGGACGGGACGAAUGUGUGCAAAAAUUAGGCGUUAAUUAUUAUUACAAUUAUUAUAAUUAUUAGGGAAUCACUGUUGACUCGCACAACAAGUUUCGUCUCGUCUUGGCCCAGUCACACAAUAACAAUAACAAUAAAUUCACUGUAAAACUGCACGUUCGUAUUGUCGCCAAGCGAACAAACAAACUUAAGGAGCUUGAAACCCCAGUUGCCUAUGGUGACCUUAUGACUUGAUUUCAAAUUCUCAUGAAAAAAUUCAAAAUUGCGUAGUAAUAAUUUGGGUAGAAUUAGUCUGGAUUUGUGUUUCAUUGUUUUCGAUGUAAUUUAUCUCGGCUACAAAUUUUCGGCAUGCACUUCUAUUUCCGUUAGUUUUCAUUUGAGUUAUGUAAUCUGAUAAUAGGCGUCGUAUAUAGACUGAAGAUAUUUUUACAUAAUGUUAUUGAACUGUUACUACUUUUUCUCUGUAUUAUUCUUGGACUGUUAAUGUUUUAUACGAAAACGAUAUUUUAGUACAUUAACAUUUUUGAAUGUAUUUGUUCAACUUUAAACUCUAAAUGAAUGGGACGACGUGAGCAUCGUUUCGAGCGAAACUUGUUCCCCCCACCCCCAAAAUGCCUUGAGUAUAUUCAUAUACAAUUAUAUCGAUCGUUGUUGAGAAUCACACUUUAUUUUCUUCAGACUGAACUGUCAUUAAUUAUUGUCGGUUGUUAGAAAUUUGUCUCCCGUUUUUUGGUUCCACGUUACACACAUUAUUGAUUGAGUUAAAUGUUUGUUAUGAUUUUUUAUUUACUAUUUAUUGUUUGCGUUGCUUUAAUCAUUGUUUUUUAAUUACAUAAUUGUAUUUUUGUUCAAGUUAUGUUUGUAGUGUGAGUUAGAUACUUAGAUAUUAAAAUGUAUUCGAUGAUUCAGUAGCUCUGUCCGUUCUCGUGUAUAUUGUAUUUGGUAGAAGAUUUAGGUACGCUACUGAAACUGAAGCAAAAAAUUUAAGCUCAAAAAUUACAUUACAUUACAUAAAAUUAUUAUAUUGUACCACCGUAAUAAUAGUUUAUAAGUUUUAUGGCUUUAAUCGGUUCGUUCCAUCUCCAUUAUAUACAUGUAUGAUUUGUAGACAUGAAUUUUUAAUAUAUAUUUUUUUCUUAA